UUUCCCGCGGCAGUUCGCUAUUCGAGUGGGUCGUGGCGGCGGCGGCGGCGGUUGAGGAGUGUAACGGUCGCCCGGUUCCGGCGCGACGAUGGCGGCCUUGGGGUCCGGAGGUUACGCGCGGAACGAUGCAGUCGAGAAGCUGCCAUCCAUCAUGGCGGGAGUUCCGGCGCGGAGGGCCCAGUGCUCCCCGCCCCCCGCUCCACCGCUCUGCCUCAGGCGGCGGACGCGACUCUCGGCGGCGCCCGAGGACACGGUGCAGAACCGGGUAUCACUUGAGAAGGUGCUUGGCAUCACAGCCCAGAACAGCAGUGGCCUAACCUGUGACCCCAGCACAGGCCACGUGGCCUACUUGGCAGGCUGUGUGGUGGUGAUUUUGAACCCCAAGGAGAAUAAGCAGCAGCAUAUUUUUAAUACUGCCAGGAAGUCUCUGAGUGCUGUGGCCUUCUCCCCUGAUGGAAAGUACAUAGUGACGGGGGAGAAUGGGCACAGGCCUGCUGUACGCAUCUGGGACGUGGAAGAGAAGAGUCAGGUGGCAGAGAUGCUGGGCCACAAGUACGGUGUGGCCUGUGUGGCCUUCUCCCCCAAUAUGAAGCACAUUGUGUCCAUGGGCUACCAGCACGACAUGGUACUCAACGUCUGGGACUGGAAGAAAGACAUUGUGGUGGCCUCCAACAAGGUAUCGUGCAGGGUCAUUGCCCUCUCCUUCUCAGAGGACAGCAGCUAUUUCGUCACCGUUGGGAACCGGCACGUGAGGUUCUGGUUCUUGGAAGUCUCCACUGAAGCCAAGGUGACAGGCACAGUGCCCCUCGUGGGGCGCUCAGGCAUCCUGGGUGAACUGCAUGACAACAUCUUCUGUGGUGUGGCUUGUGGCCGGGGCCAGAUGGCCGGCAGUACCUUCUGUGUGUCCUACUCGGGCCUCCUUUGCCAGUUCAACGAGAAGAGGGUGCUGGAGAAGUGGAUCAACCUGAAGGUCUCCCUGUCUUCCUGCCUCUGUGUCAGCCAGGAGCUCAUCUUCUGCGGCUGCACAGAUGGGAUAGUCCGCAUCUUCCAAGCCCACAGCCUGCAAUACCUCGCCAACCUGCCCAAGCCGCACUACCUCGGGGUGGAUGUGGCCCAGGGCCUGGAGCCCAGUUUCCUCUUCCACAGGAAGGCAGAAGCUGUCUACCCAGAUACAGUGGCGCUGACCUUCGACCCCAUCCACCAGUGGCUGUCCUGCGUAUAUAAGGAUCACAGCAUCUACAUCUGGGAUGUCAAAGACAUCAACAAAGUAGGCAAGGUGUGGUCAGAGCUCUUCCACAGCUCCUACGUCUGGAACGUGGAGGUGUAUCCUGAGUUUGAAGAUCAGAGAGCUUGUCUGCCAUCAGGAUCUUUUCUGACUUGUUCCUCAGACAACACGAUCCGCUUCUGGAACAUGGACAGCAGCCCUGACUCUCACUGGCAAAAGAACAUCUUCAGUAAUACCCUGCUGAAGGUUGUGUAUGUGGAGAAUGACAUCCAGCAUCUGCAGGACAUGUCACACUUCCCAGACCGAGGGAGUGAGAAUGGGAUGCCUGUGGACAUGAAAGCCGGGGUGCGAGUCAUGCAGGUCAGUCCUGAUGGCCAACACUUGGCUUCAGGUGACCGAAGUGGAAAUCUGAGGAUCCACGAGCUGCACUUCAUGGACGAGCUGGUCAAGGUGGAGGCCCAUGAUGCUGAAGUGCUGUGCCUGGAGUACUCCAGGCCUGAGACAGGACUGACCUUGCUGGCCUCGGCCAGUCGGGACCGACUGAUCCACGUGCUGAACGUGGAGAAGAACUACAACCUGGAGCAGACCCUGGACGACCAUUCUUCCUCCAUCACGGCCAUCAAGUUUGCCGGCAACAGAGACAUCCAGAUGAUCAGCUGUGGCGCCGACAAGAGCAUCUACUUCCGCAGUGCCCAGCGGGCCUCGGAUGGACUACACUUUGUGCGUACUCACCACGUGGCAGAGAAGACUACCCUGUAUGACAUGGACAUUGACAUUACCCAGAAGUACGUGGCUGUGGCCUGCCAGGACCGCAACGUAAGAGUCUACAACACCAUGAACGGGAAGCAGAAGAAGUGUUACAAGGGCUCCCAGGGUGACGAAGGGUCCCUGCUGAAGGUCCACGUGGACCCCUCAGGCACCUUCCUGGCCACAAGCUGCUCUGACAAAAGCAUCUCGGUGAUAGACUUUUACUCGGGCGAGUGCGUUGCCAAGAUGUUUGGCCAUUCAGAAAUCGUCACUGGCAUGAAGUUCACCUAUGAUUGUCGUCACUUGAUCACAGUAUCCGGAGACAGCUGCGUGUUCAUCUGGCACCUGGGCCUGGAGAUCACCAACUGCAUGAAGCAGCACUUGCUAGAGAUUGACCACCGGGAGCAGCAGCAGCAGAGCACGAAGGACGGAAAGUGGAGCGGCCACCCCAGGCAGGAGACGUAUGCAUCCAUGCCCAGCGAGAUUUGCUCCCUAAGCCCUGGAGGGCAGACGGAGGAUGAGUUGGAGGAAGACUGUGAACCUGAGGAGUUGCUAAAGACGCCAUCAAAAGAGAGCUUAGAUCCAGAUCCUCGGUGCCUGCUGACCAACGGCAAGCUGCCACUCUGGGCAAAGCGUCUGCUAGGAGAUGAUGAUGUGGCAGACAGCUCGGCCUUCCACGCCAAGCACAGCUACCAGCCACAUGGCCGCUGGGCAGAGCGGGCUGACCAGGAGCCUCUCAAGACCAUCCUGGAUGCCCGGGACCUGGAUUGCUGCUUUACCCCCAUGAAGCCCGAGAGCCUGGAGGAUUCCGUUCUAGAUACAGUGGAGUCGCAGAGACUGGUGGGCCUGCUGAGUGAGUCAGAGAGUCCCCAGGAGGAUGGCUGCGGGCAUCCCUCCUUAACACCUCUGCAGAGGGAGUCUUCUGAGACCCGCGAGCUCAUCAUCUACCCUCUGGAGACAGAAGUGACAGUCAUAGGGACAGACAGCGAGUAUUGUGUGGAGGAGGUAGAGAGGGCGCCUGGAGACCAGCAAGGUGACUCCUACCUCAGGGUCCCCUCCAUCAGCUCGAAGGAUCAGAGCCCACCUGAGGAGUCGGGGGAGUCAGAGGCUGACCUGGAGUGCAGCUUCACCACCAUCCAUUCCUCCCCUCCACAGCCACACCCAGACCCUCAGUUUGAGGUGAUGCCCCCCACACCAGGUUGCCCAGGUGCUGCAGAAGAGUUGUCCCUGCCUGAGGUGCCAAGCAUAUCCAACAGCUCCUUGCCCCAGACUCCUGAGCAAGAGAAGUUCCUCCGCCACCACUUUGAGACGCUUACUGACGCCCACCCCGAGGAGCUCUUCCACGGAUCCCUGAGAGACCUGAAGGCCUCUGAGGCCGAGGACGACUUCUUCAAUCCCAGGCUGAGCAUCUCAGCUCAGUUUCUCUCACGCCUCCAGAAGACAUCCAGGUUCACCCACACCUUCCCUUCCCGGCUGCCCCUGCACCUUGUGAAAUCCCCAGAGGUCAAACUCACGGACCUCGGGGGCAGCCAGCCCAGAGCAGAGCCCUUGAGAGCAGGUACUGGCUACACCUCCCCAGGCAGGACCAACGUCAUCUCUGGGGGGAAGGCUGAGGAGACCCUGGAAGCCUGGUGCCCACUGACCCCCUGCCUCACGGGCCUGGCGCCCUGCAUCCCCUCCUCCUCUGUGCUGCCCACAGACAAGAAGCCUCCUACACCCACAGCCCUACCCACUCCAGGCCUGGCUCAGGGUGUCCACACCCCCGCCACACGCUCCUAUAUGGAGGCCACUGCCAGUUUCCGUGCCAAGAUGUCACGCAGCAUUUCCCUCGAGGGCAGUGAGGGGAAUGUCCUGGCUGAGAUGGCCAGGCCCCUCUGUAGGCCCUCAUCCCUGGGGGAGCUGGCCUCCCUGAGCCAGGAGCUCCAGGCCAUCAUCACUGCAGUGACACCCAAUUCUGACACCGAGGGCCGAGAACCUGCCCUGCCCUCCCGGGGCAACCAUGAGGCCCGCACCAACCUGAAACUCACCCUGUCGAGCAUCUGUGAUGGGCUCUUGCUGCCCCCACCCCAACUGGAGCCUCCCACCACCUGUACCUGGUCCCAGGAGCCUGUGGCCACCCAGUCCAAUGUCACGGUCACAACAGCCAGCUUCCUGGCCCCCAGCCCUGUGGAUGGGAGCUCCCCGAGGCUCCACAGCUCCACCUUUCUCCCAAGGUUCCUGGCCCCUGAGUCCCUCAAUACCCCUGCCCAUCCCAACAGCCCCCCACUUCCAGAGGCCAGGCCUGAGGUCCCUGGCAGCAUCACCUCCCUCCUGGAGCCCACCCCUGAUGUGCUCAGUCCAGUCCAGGGCUGCGCUGGACACUGCGGGGAACCCAGGGUGCCAGCUGGGGUCCUACCCCCAGACUCCCUUGGGCUAAGCAAUGUGGGGACCAUCGUGCACAAACUGCAGACUGCCUUCCAAGAAGCCCUGGACCUUUACCAGCUGAUGGUCUCCAGUGACGAGGUGAGCGCCGCGCAGAGGCAGGCACGGACUGAGCUGGCUUCCACUUUCCUUUGGAUCCACAGCCAGUUAGAGGCCAACGACUGGGUGGUUGGGACCCAUGUGGCUGCAGCCCAGACCCUGCCCAGCCCAGGCCCCCCCUCCCCACCUACAUUGUGCCCCCUGGCCAACCCAGAUUUGCGUGCCCUGCUGGAACACUACUCGGAGCUUCUGGUGCAGGCCGUGCGGAGGAAGGCACGGGGGGACUGAGGGCCAGCAGCCCCCUCCACCGUAGCUGAAGAAAUAGGUAUUUUAAGCAAAUAAACUGACAGCUUGGAGGCGUGGUUCCUGGUGCCUGUCCUGGCGCAUCUGCAAAGCCCCCUUCGGAUGGAUGCAGGGAGAGGGGGUAGAGAGCCCAGGGAACUCACAGAUGCCCCAGUGCCAGGCCCUGAUCCAGGACUCUGUCGUGGGGAACACAGGACUGUUUGGAAACUGCAGUAAUGAUGACCCCAGCUCCUGGCUCCCCCAUCACCUGUCCCCAGCCCAAGGAGUUGCUGUGGAGUCACGUGUGCUUCUUGCCCAGUGGGGCCCAGCUGUAUCCUAGGGAGGGGCCAGCCCUUCUUCCCGUCUGAUGCCCAAGAACCCACUGGAGGCACUGUGAUCACCACGUGCCAGACCCUGGCCACCAGUUCACAUGUUGCCACAACACCGUCUGACAGCCCCUGGGCCAGGCCCAUGCUGGAUCCUGUGAGCGCCAGGCUUUUGUCCCCAUUUGCAGCAGGGGAAAGUGAGCAAGGACAAACAGGCUCACCCACUGGACAAUCCAGGCAGCGUACCAAGGAUACCCAGCAGCUGGGACCAGUAAAUCCUUCCCCAGCAGGACUGUGUCCAGCUUCAACAUCCCCUGAGCUCCCAGCACUAGUACCAGCCUCCCCAGGCAGCAGGCAUCUAGCCACAUGGCAUGUCUGCUAAGAAGGCCACUCUUGUGGCCACAGAAGCCCUCACUGUCCCAAGUCUAUAAAAGGAAGCCAGCAAGAGCAGGGCCCUCUCCUAAAGCACAGUCCUACCACGCGCCUGCUUGGCCUGAACCCCCACUUGCCUGUGAGUUCCUUCCUGCUCUGUCUGGUGAUCAUGGUCCACCAGAAACAGGCUCAGAGAGAUCCAGUGUCUCGCCUAGGAUACCACAGAGCUAAGACUCAAACCAGGCUUGCUUGGUGGUAGAGCCAGACUCUUCAACAAGGGGAUGUGGCCCUCUGUUGCCCCUGUAAACAUUGAAGCAAUUAUGCAGUUGUUGAAAAAAUCCUACCAGCCCCCAGGAAUUACUGGCCCCAGCUGCUGUCACUUUUUUACAUAUUGGGGAAAGUGAGGAACAGGACAAGCAAAGCGUCUGCCCUCAUGGCAUUCACCUUCUAGAAAGUGAAACACGACAGGAAUUAAAAUAACUGUCUAACUGUACGUAAACUGAGGGAAUUCCCUAUGUUGGUUAAAGGGCUUUCUUAGGUGACACUGGAGCUGAGGCUUGAUAGAGGGCACAGGCCAUGUGGACACUUGGGCAAGUAUUCAGGCAGACAGAAUAGCCAAUGCAAAGGCCCGAUGGCAAGCUCAGACAUACAUGAAAGGAAUAGUAAUGAAGCCAGGAGGCUGGAAUGGAGUGAGCUCAGGGAGAGGGUAGGAGAGGAGGUGGGAGAAAGAAUGGGUCCCACUGGGCACAGCCUUGUUGCUUCAUGACAUUUGAAUCCAAGACACAUUCACAAUACAGUUUUUUUCCCCUAAACAAAAUCCCUGAUCUCGGUGUUUGGGAAGAUGCCCAGUAUUGUUUAUUUCUCAAGGCUCCCUCUCCCUGCCUUAGGGAGCCCAGGCGGUCCAGAACUUGUAGGUGGGCCAUACUUCUGCCAGGACGUUUCCUGCUGUGGCUCACCGGCCACCCCUGCAGACUGGAGACCCACUUGCCCUGCCCCUGCCUGGCUUGGCCACAGAUGCCUAAGAUCUCUAAGGCAAUUGGUGUCCAGGCCCCUGGACACCCAGGGGACCACCUUGAGCCUCUAUCCCUCAUGGAUUUUACCCCUCCUCCCACCCUGUAUCAUUGUUAAGUCUUCAACUCCAGGGAGCAAACACCUGGCUUACAGGGCCCCAAGCUAUAGGGACAUUUUACUCUUGAUUCUGUUCCUGCUUGUUUCAUUCACUGUGCAUUGGUUUCACUCUCUAGCUUAGGUCCUCAUGGUGGCAACAAGGCUGCCAUAGCUCCCAACAGUACACCCUCACCCAACCAGGAGCAAAGGCACAAACCAGGGCAGCCACCAGGGUAGUGGGAAAAAAAGUACAAAGCUUUCUUUGCUGCCUUCCCUUUCAGAGCAGUUGCAGGCAACAGGAAUGGAGACAGCUUUAAUUUUCUUGGACCAGCCAUCUCCCCUGUCCUGGGCAUGUUAAUGUUCCAACAAAAUUGGGUUCUCAGCACAAAAGGAAGGUGGGCUGGUAGAGAGGAUCAGUGUGUCCGUCAGUCACCACCUCCUAAUGCGGAGCUCUUCAGCCCUGGAAGGACCAGACUUUCCUUGGACAAACCGACUGGUUAAGAAACCACUGCUGAUGAAUGUGUGUGCAUAUGACAAUGUCCCAGCAGGGAGAGGACAGCAUGCUCAUGUGGGAUAUUGCAGAGAGAGUUUAGCAAAGGGAUCAUUUGCAGAGAUGUGGGCAGGGAACAGGGAAACCUCAGGGCCAGUACAGUACUCCAGACUGGUACCAGAGGAGAGCUCUUACUCCCCGCUCAGGCCACAAGGCACAGGGAGCAAAGUGGAGCCCAGAAGAGCAAAUCCUGGAGAGAGUUGCCCUGAGAGGAGCUGUGUUCCUGGCAACCCCACAGGGAGGGCGUUGGGGGAACCCCUCCCCCAUCGUCUACCCGGCUCCCCAUUGUCUUAACCCUGCUGGAAGCCAGAGGGAACAGGAGCCCAAAUAAUGCCACCCACCCAGGUCAGCCUCCCAGGACACAGCAGGACAGAAAGGGGACCUGGGGGCAAGUAAAGAUACCAGGCCCCAGGGUUCUCUCCCUAAUGUGUUUUCAGCAACAACUCAAGAGCCAAUUGUCCCAAGAGACAUGGGGUUGGGCAUGCAGAACUGGGCACCUGAGAGGAACAAAAUGGCUCCUGUAACCCUCUCACUGGCUCGUUCUUCAGUGCAUCUGACCCCAGUGCAUCUGGCCCCACAUCGGACAGGUCCUAGAUACUGGGCCGCCAGACCCAGGCCAGGCACACCAGUCACGGCUGCGUAAAGUCCAACAGUUAGGAGAUGGAGACACUUAAAAUCCCACUUUACAGGGACUUUGCUAGUGGUCUAGAGGUCAAGACUCCGCACUUCCACUGCAAGGUGAGCAGGUUCGAUCCCUGGGCAGGGAAUUAAGAUCCCACAAGCUGUGCAGUGCGGCCAGAAAAUCCCAUUUUACAUGGGCUGACUGAAACUCAGAUGCUUGCCUAGUCACCCCACCCUUCAAGACUUUCGAACAACCCCUGUUUGUAUGUC